AAUUACCUCAAUCCACCCAAAAGCCAAAACAAUCACAACCCAAAUCUCCAUGCAUAAAUAAUCUCAACACCUACCUCAAUAUAAAUCAACCAUCAACCAUAACCACAACAAAAACAAAUCACCCACAAUUCCAAUAAACACUUUUUUUCUUCAAAAAAAGCAAUGGCCUCUUCCCUCCCCAUUUCUCUCCUCCUCCACACACUUCUCCUCUUCGCAGUCCCAAUCUCAUCCUACCCUCUCGGCUCCAUCUGCAAACAAGCCAAAAACCCUAAUUUCUGCUACAAUCUCCUACAGCCUCACGCAAACGCAAACCUACAAGACCUCGAUCAGUUCGUGAUCGACGCGACGGCGGCGAGCGCCGCCAAAACGAGCUCCAAAAUCCAAUCCCUCCUCCCCCAAACCAGCGAUCCCAAUCUGAAGGUGGUCUACACCUUCUGCUCGAACUACUACAGCGCCGCGCUCGGCGCCCUCGCUGCGGCCAGGGAGAAGCUGCGGGCGCGCGCCUUCCGCGACGUGAAGUCCGCCGCGGACACCGUCUCCGGCGACGCCGAUGCGUGCCGGAAGGCGUUUGCCAUGGCGCCGUCGCAGCCCAUCGCCAUCGCAGGUGAUAACAAUGAGUUUGAGCUUCUCAGUAAUGUCUUCGUCGUCGUUUCUGGGAAGCUGUAGGCUCUUUUAUAUAUUGGAGGGUUGUGUGAGGAUUUGGUUGCUUGUUUGUGGAAGGAAUAAAAAGUUGGCUGGAUAGUGAA